AUGCGUCUAAUCUUCUUCUUAAGUUUCAUCGUUACCGUUCACUGUGGCCAAUCUGGCUCAGGCGGUUAUGGAGGCAGCGGUGGCGAUAUGGGCGGUGGCGGUGGUGGCGGCUACGCCGUGGCACCUCCAUCAUCCUUCGCAGCCGAUAGUCCCGUUGCUCCUCCUCCACCAGAGCCUUCAGCAGCAAUGUCAGGAGCUUCAAUGACAUCACAGCCUUCAGGAGGAUAUCAGUCUCCACAGCCACCAUCAGGAGGAUACCAGCAGGGAGGUGCUCCACCAACUGGAGGGGCUCCACCUCCAGCUCCUCCUCCACCUCCACCAUCAGGAGGAUACCAG